CUCUACGUUCAUCUUUACUUUACACCGAUUUGUUGCACUUCAAAAUGGCGACACCUUCAGUAGAUUACGCAUCGAUGUGGCGGAGGGAGCUCUACCUCAAGGUCUAUACACAUGAUGUCGAAUCCAACACGAACGCAUACUGGGAAUUCGAGUGUCAGCAAAUGUUUCCAACUCAUAGGGGUUUCCUAGUCAAUCGGGAAUACAGCCCAGAUGAUGGAAACCUGAAGUUGGACAGAGUCGUCUCAGAAAUGUCACCUUCUGGUCGGGUGAGGAAAGUGAUGGCAGGGGAAGACAAGAGGGUGGGGGUCAGCAGGGGAAGCAUCGUCAGAGCAGAAAAAGACGUCGAGGAAAAAUCAUUGCUAGCCAUGGAUCAGGAUGGCACAAACGCACUGUACUGCCACACGACCAGAGGAACGAUGUUCCGGACUUGGAUUAUCCAGAAUCCAAGACGCAUUCUUGAACCACUUUUCGGCGAGAAUACACGAGGGGAUCCGAGCCAGUAUAUCGACAUUCGUACUUCAUUUGGACAGCACCAGUGGCAUCGACUCGGAAGUCUUGUCAAAAACGAGCCAGAACUCGGACUCGGCAAUUUCGAAUUCCAAUUUCACCUGACGGCGGGACCUGUGUGGGACGAGAGACACCUAGCCAUGCAGAAGUUGCUGGAGGACAAGCUUCAGGACGAAAUGGCCGAACUACACAACAUGUUCAAUGCGGCAUCUGUACCACAAGUAGCGGAGCCUGCCCACACGAUGUCCGAAGCACAAGCUUAUGACGAAGAAUCCGAUCCCGACGACUCCGGUCAAAGCUCUGGGAACCAGGAACAGCCGCCUGUGCAAGCUUCUAGCAGCUCCACCUCCUACCAGGUGGUAACACUGCGUGUCGAAGUAGGGAAGAAAGGGACCUACAUUUCCUUCACACAUCAAGGGAGACCAUUCAGAACCCUUGCGGAAGAUUGGGUACGAGCAUACGAUGAGGUCAACCGUGAGUGUUUUCAGUGGCACAGCAACCAGGCCAACACGGACUUCAGAGCUUACAACUGGCCACAAUGAUCAUUCACGGAUGCUGGUUCUGCGGCACAGAUUGAAAGGGACACAUGGACUAGGCAACGGGUGAUGGUGGAAUGGAUAGAGCCAAGGUCCUUGUUAUUCAACAUUACAGGAGCCUGGCUCAAUUGAAUUUCCUAUUCUUUCCUUGAUUUCCCUUAGAUUCAACAUGGCGUGGCCUUCGUAAAUUGGGGCAGGAUUCAACCCUCGGCAUCCUUGAUUGUACACAGCACAGGGCUUGUUACCCCCAAGCAACAUUCUUGUCUUUUUUCUCAUUUUUAGUGUUUCGCCAUCAGUACAUAUCUCUGCCUGAUAAAAAUGGUCGAGAUAGACAGACAUGCACAAAUAGAACGAUUUGCUUCCUGACCUUUGUCUUUGAGAAUCAGAACUGAUAAGUUAUGAGACUUUUCGUGAACGAAAGGGCGGCCAUUGACUGCGGAAGCGUCUUCAACGUGGCCAAUCAUGUUUACUACUUACCUUGAAGUCCCCACCUCCAACGGUGUAACUGGUUCCGCCUUGACAUGCUGUUGAAGUGAUAGAUUGGCCUGUUGUUUGGUGCCGAUGAAACUUUGCGUGA